AUGCUUCAGGAGAGGUCAAAGUUGCCUAGGCUAUGGCAAUCUGUGGCGGUGGGAGAAGGGUAUGGCGAGUCGUGGGAGACUAACUGGCGUUACGUCCGACGACAUAAGGAAGAUCCAGAAGGGAGAUACGGCCUCGACUCUGCCAGCGCCGUGGCUUUCUAUCUUGUCCACACCGGGCCCUCCUCGUUCACUACCUCGUUCAUUAACGGACCCGUUUGCGCAAGAUCUAGACUAUCGAUCGAGGAGAUACCUAGACUACUGGACCUGGUUCUCUAUGACAUCCCCAACCAUAAUCCAUUUCGCGAGUUGAUCCCGAUGGCGCACCAUCAGCCCAUGCUGUUGCAGACGAUCAUCGCCAGUUCAGCCUUACACAUGUCCAAUGCUUGUCAAUGCUCACCAAGGUCUUCGAGCAUGCUUACGACGACGGCCUCGAUUCAAAACCACACAAGCUUACCGAGCUCUCUGUCGAUCGGUUCAUGUGUGACAUCUCGCCCGGAGACUUUCCAUGACGCACUCAGGGCCAAGCAGCAGGCACUUUGUCUGCUGAAGUCUGCUCUCGAAGACAUUGCUUCAGCCGAUGUUGAUGUGAUUCUCGCAGUGAUGCUUCUCCUCAUUGGGUUUGAGCUCAUUGACUCUGGGCGAGGCAGUUGGACAUUUCAUAUCAAUGGUGCGAGGAUAAUCAUUGAGAAAUUGAUCGCGUCCACCCUGGCGACGGAGACUGCUUUUAGUCCGCUUCGUAGCUGGUUGGUGUCAAACUGCUUGGUGUAUGAUCUUCUCGGUUCAUCGUUCGCAAAUUCUGAUUUACCGCACAGCGGUUGGCCAUCGACGACUACCAUGUCACUGCUUCAAGAUGCAGAAGGCAACCAUUGCUCGUCAUUUCCGGCAGCCCUGCUUCCUCUGAUACGGGCAGGGGCUCAGCUAUUAAAGACGAACGAAGUUUCCUCGUCUCCAGAUACCUACCUAGGACUGCAAGAUGCAUUUCAUCUUCUACACGCCGCGAAGUCAUUCGACCCAGCUGUUUGGGCAGUCAACUUGCAGCCGCGCUCACCGGCUAAUGAUCCCUCCCAUCGGAUUGAGAUUGCCUCUGCUCACAGGGCAGCUGUAUGCAUCUACCUCUCGCGCAUUAUUCUGGCUCUAUGGCCCACCACAGUAUUGCCACAUGAUCUAGAAACGCUAGUAGCCGAAAUCAUUGCCCACCUUUCGAAUAUGCACCCUGGAGAUGCAUUAUUCACGGCAACAGCGUGGCCAGCUUUCAUUGCUGGCCUGGAAACGGUCGACCUUGGGAACCGUGCUUGGGUAGUGAGGAGAUUCCAAGAGCUUUGGGAAUUGGAGCCUUGGGGACUUACUAGAGAGGCCCUCGGAGCAUUGAGGACAAUUUGGGGUGCGAGGGGGAAUGACCAACUCCAAAACCAGGAAGAGAAUUGGAACUGGAUCGAGAAGCUACAGAACAUAGGCACCGACUGGUUGAUUGCAUGA